AUUUUGGCCAUUCUGCAGGCUCAGCUCGCUGUUGACUUUGUUCUUGCUGUAGUGCGACGGCUGCGACUGCGGUGGUGCCUCAUCUGCCGGUAGCCGGGCCGAAAAACAAACGUUUUCAGAAGCACAAAAAUGAGCGAGGAAAGUGAAAGCCAAGUAAAGGCUGUAGAGGAGCAGGCGCAACCUGAGGAAGCAGCCAGUGAAAGGGAAACCGUUUCGAAGGAAAACAAAACAGCCUCCAACACUUCAGCUGAGCAGCAACCCGAUGAGCCUGAAAUGGAAAGUGAAACGUUGGCAAAGCAAACCACAACAGCUGCCACAGAAAGCGAAACUGAAAACCAGGAGGCGAUGCCCGGUGCCACAAGCUGCCACACAGCAGGCGACACAUUGCCUGACCAGGUCAAGGCAGAGUCCGCGCAGCAGGACUUUGCGGACUACGAACAGCAUGUGACUUAUGCGGCCGAUGGCGGCGCCAUUUACACGGAUCCCAGCACCAAGCAAAAGUACAAAUGGUGCAAUACCGAAAACAAUUGGCAGCCACUGACGGCCGAUGAGGCGUCCAUGGCGGGCAGUCUCUAUGAGAACGAGCACUACAAGUGGUGCCCGCAGACGCAGAAAUGGCUGCCCAAACAGUCAAACGCUUCAAGUACCGAAACGGAGCACUACAAAUGGGAUGCGGAGCAGCAAAAGUGGUUGCCCAAGCAGCCGCAGCAGCAGCCACAGGCAGCGCCUGGCCAGGAUGUGGUCUAUGGCAUCGAUGAGAACGGCGAUCGCAUCUACACAGACAAAGAUGGCGUCGUUUUCUUGUGGGAUGCCAACAAAUCCGCUUGGUUUCCCAAGAUCGAUGAUGAUUUCAUGGCGCGCUAUCAGAUGAACUACGGCUUUAUAGACAACACCAGUGCCGGCGAGCGAGAGAAGGAGGAACGUGAGGCUGCCGAAGUCAAGCGCAAGGCGGAGGAACUUAAGCGCAUGACAGCCGAGGCACAGGCGGCCAUGAAUGCGCCCAUCCUGGACAAAGAUGGUGCCCCAACAGCUUCUGUUACGGGCAAGCGCAAAGCACAGGAGCCGCCAAAAUGGUUCGAAGUAGAUCCCACGCAGAACACCAAAGUCUAUGUCUCCAAUUUGCCUCUGGACAUUACCAUGGAUGAGUUCGCCGAGCUGAUGGGCAAAUGCGGUCUGGUCAUGCGCGAUCCGCAAACGCAGAAAUACAAACUUAAAUUGUAUACCGAAGCGGAUGGACAAAUCAAAGGCGAUGGCUUAUGUGAUUAUAUAAAGGUGGAGUCUGUGAAUUUGGCUCUGGAGAUUUUGGAUGAUUAUAUUCUGCGCGGCCAUAAGAUACGCGUGCAGCGUGCACAGUUUCAAAUGCGUGGCGAAUACAAUCCGGCCCUGAAGCCCAAACGCAAAAAGAAGGACAAGGAAAAGUUGCAGAAAAUCAAAGAAAAAUUGUUUGACUGGCGACCCGAUAAAAUGCGUGGCGAACGUUCAAAGAACGAGAAAACGGUCAUCAUCAAAAAUCUGUUUACGCCGGAGCUCUUUGAGAAAGAAGUGGAGCUCAUUUUGGAAUAUCAAAACAGUUUGCGCGAAGAGUGCGGCAAAUGCGGCAUGGUUCGCAAAGUGGUCAUCUAUGAUCGCCAUCCUGAGGGUAUCGCACAGAUCAACAUGUCCACACCCGAGGAAGCCGACGUUGUCAUACAAAUGAUGCAGGGUCGGUACUUUGGGCAGCGACAGCUCAGCGCUGAGCACUGGGAUGGCAAGACUAAAUACAAAAUUGAUGAGUCAGCCGCUGAGGCAUCUGAGCGUCUAUCCAAAUGGGACGAGUUUUUGGCAGCCGAGGAAGCCACCAAGCAGGAGGCAGAAGAGGCGCCGAGCGGCAGUCCGCAGGUUUCAGAUGACACUGCUUAAGUUGCCUGGUGAGUGUGUUUUUGUUAUGUUUAUUUUUUACGUACCUGCGAUCCUUGCCACGUCGAUCGAUUACCUCCAAA